CGCAUAUUUUCGCAGUGUGGGUAGAACUAAUAUCAGUUUGAAAGUGCAUCUUGUGCCUGUGAAAAAUAAAUCGAUAUAUUAAAUUGAAACAGAUUAAUCACUAUUUCAUUUUAGAAUUUUGUAAUCGGAUUUAUCGAUAGAAUAUGAGCGAAAUUGAAGAUGAUACCUUCACCUGAUGCUGUAUGCAUUGUCUGUCAAUCAGUAUUCUGCUGUAGCAAUUGUCGGUGGAAACACGAGAAUACAACCCAUGGUCUACUUUUUGAUUGUCCCAUAUGCAGAGGCAACGGAUUUCUUUGCAGACCUGAGGAAUUAAAUGACGCUUUCCUCAAACAUUUAACUGAAGAACAUUCACCAUUGCAGUGCAAGAAGUGCAGCAAAAUAUUCAAAACCAUGGACGACUUUCAAAAUAUAGAUAAAUGCACGAGCAUAUCUGAAAUCAUUUCAAAUGAAGAACCCAGUAAAAGUAUCGUAGAUGAAAAAUUUGAUUCUAUUUACGAGAAGACAAAAAAUGACAGUGAAAACGUUGAAGGUAUUAUAUCUAUUAACAAAGCUAGUAAGACAGCAGUUAUAACACCUGUAGUAAGGAAAACUCAUAUAGUCGAUUAUGAAUCCAGUGAAAGCGAAGAAGAAUUGAAAGUUGAUCAACAAACACCUCAUCCUAAAAAAGAACCUAAGACUCCGAAACUGAAAAGACAAAGGGCUGCAACACCUCAUGCUAAAAAGCUGCUUAGUUUGAUGAGGCAGAAAGUGGUUGAAGAAUACGAGGAAACUAUUGAUGAAGUUAAUUGUGAUGGAUCGCCUGUAAAUAGUAAAACUACACCCUCAAGAACUGACAACGUUGGCAAUCUGGAAACCCAAAAGGAGAUGACCACACCCACUUCCCACAUUCAGCCUAACAUCCUGAAGUUGGCACAAGCUGUGACCACCAGUACACCGACUCACCCAGCCAAUAAUGGGUGGUCCAUGUUCACAGGCCAGGGAGCUGACUCCCCGCUCUCUGAAAUCGAGAACGCUGAUAGUCCAGCCCAAAGUACCAAUAAUGAGCCUUCGAAGACGGAAACUGAAAAUGUGCUUCCAAAACUUAAGAGCAUCAUUGUUACUGGCAGCCGCAUUCGCCUCGGCAGUCAGGAUAGUUCUGAAAAACAAGUUACAUUCGCAGACUCCAUGAAUAAUACGGAGCCAUCGUCUGUGAAAACUAAGAAAGUGAAAUUUGCGGAAGAUACCGUAUUUGAGCAGCAACCGAAAGUUAAGAGGGUUUAUCGCAAACCAAAACGCAUGCUGACGCCAGGCCCUCAAAAACCGAGAUUCGCUCACAACCCCCGGUUUCAAGCGCUCAUAAAUCGUUUCGAGAACAAAGGGUUUACAUUAGCUCGAACUCCAGUCCAGUCUCCCAAAGAGACAGCUCUUGAAAACACUCCACCAGUGGGUGACCAUGCUAACAUUCCUGCCAGGGCAAUAAAUUUCAAAGAAGACAGUCCAGUUGUUGAAACAGAAAACUAUUCAAAGGAAUCAAAUGAAUUAUUCAAGACCUGCGUCGACUCGCCCAUACAACCCAGUGUCAACAACGCAAUAUCUGCUCUGACCAAUAACAUAGCCGGAUCUUUACAAAAUUGUCUCUCUUCAGUCCUAAGAUCUAAUGAAGAAGACACCGAAAUCCAAUUCAAAUUCGUUAUCACAAAGAAAAAAGUGAGCGUAAAAAGACUCAAUGAAAGUGGAGCCCUUGAUGAGGAAAUAAGUGAAAUUGACAGAAACUUAGGAUACAAUAAAGAGAACAUUUGGUCGAGCGUGGCAAAAGCUGUGAAAAAUGUAUUUUGGGGAGACCAAGGGACUAAUUUAGCAAUAACAACCCCGUACAAAUCAUUAAACGAAUCCACGACAUCAUCCGCGUCCAAACGCAAAUGCGAUGAGAUGUCAGACCCGGAGCUCAGUCCACUGAACCACAAGCGUCACAAAUACGAGGGGAAGAUUCGAGGGAGACCCCCUCUGAGGAGGUGCAACACCUGGGGUGUCUCCGGUCUCAGGAGCUCCCAGUCAGCUGAACAACAAAGACUUUUGAAGGAAAUUUCUGCGGGCCAUGAUGAUGUCAUGAAUCAGAGUUUUUGAAUUACUUUAAUUUAAUUAAGAUAAAAAAUAGGAAUAUUGAAAUUAUAAAAGUAAGUGUUAUGAUAAUAAUUUGAUUUUAUUUGGCAUGUUUUAUUAUUCAAAAUUUGUAAUUUAUAGUAAAUUGCGAAAAUCGGUAAUUAUAUAAUUAAAGAGGAA